AUGGCAACCAUCCAAAUGCAGCUGUAUCCUCGCUUACGUUGGUGGGUGGAGGCAGCAAACAGACCACCGAGUUCUGUGCUGGAUGUAAGCGGUGUGCAGGUGUCAGGCAGUCUGCUAGACUCAGUGCCAGCAGUUGCAGACCCAGUCCCUUCUGUAAGCCACACACGCCUGGCCUGGCUUCUCACCCUGGAGUUUGAGACUCCCACAUCCCUUUCUAGUCCGAGUUUAAACUUCUUAGGGGGCUGUGUGGCAGCCCAGUCCCUGUGGCAGGAUGACACCAGAAACCCAGGAAUAGAGCUGCUGUGCAGUUGCUCAGGGCUCAGUCCCAAAUACUUUUCUCCAAAUGGCUCAAAUGAUGAAAUCCGUUCAAAUGUGUCAGGCACUGCCCUGAACUUCCACCUCAACUCCAGCCUUGCAGAGGGAGCCACGUUCAGAUACAACGAGCUUCUGGCCUACAUGAAGACCACAUAUAGCCUGGGCCAGGUGUGCCUGGAUGAGGGGCCCUGCAUGCCUCUUGAGCCUGACCUUGAAGAAAUCAUGGCCACCUCCAGGGACCAGAAGGUGCUGCUGUGGGCCUGGGAGGGCUGCCGGGACUCUGUGGGUCGCGUGCUCCGCCCCGUCUUCUGGCGCUAUGUGCAGCUCAGCAACAAAGCUGCACAGCUCAAUGGCUACAAAGACAUGGGAGCUUUGUGGUGUGCUAAGUAUGAGUCAAACACCCUGGAGAGAGACCUGGAGCAACUUUACCGGGAGCUGCAGCCACUCUACCUGAACCUGCACGCAUAUGUGCGCCGUGCCCUGCACCGCCACUACCGGCCCGAACUCAUCAAUUUGCGGGGGCCCAUCCCUGCCCAUCUCCUGGGGAACAUGUGGGCUCAGUCCUGGGUCAAGAUCCUAGACCUGGUUCUGCCUUUCCCUCAGAAGCCCCCCACCGACAUCACAAGAAUUAUGAAAAGCCAGCACUGGAAGCCUGAGAAAAUGUUCAAAGAAGCUGACAAAUUCUUCACCUCCUUGGGGCUGCUGUCUGCCCCACCUGAUUUCUGGAACAAGUCCAUGCUGGAGAUGCUGACUGAUGGGCGGGAGGUGGAAUGCCAAACCUCGGCCUGGGACUUCUACACUGGCAAUGACUUCAGGGUAAAGAAAUGCACUGAAGUGACCAUAGAAGACCUGCUCUCCAUCUUCCACCAGAUGGGUCAUAUCCAGUACUUCUUGCAAUACCAGAACCUCUCUGUCAUCUUCCGUGAAGGUGCCAACCCUGCUUUUGGGGACGCUGUGGGGUCAAUGGCCACUCUCUCUGCCUCUUCCCACAAGUACCUGUUCACCACAGGCCUCCUAAGCCUCCAGCUCCAGGACUCAGAGGAAGAAAUCAACUUUCUGAUGGGCAUCGCCCUGGAGAAGAUCGCCUUCAUCCCCUUCAGCUAUCUGGUGGAUGUGUUUCACUGGAAGGUCUUCGAUGGCACCAUCCAGAAGGACAUCUACAACCAGGAGUGGUGGAACCUCAGGUUAAAGCACCAGGGCCUGUGCCCACCUGUUCCUCGGACAGAAGAUGACUUUGACCCAGGUGCCAAGUUCCAUGUUUCUGCCAGGGUGCCCUACAUUCGGUAUUUCUUUAGCUUAGUGCUCCAGUUUCAGCUUCAUGAGGCACUGUGCACUGCCUCGGGCCAUAUGGGUCCGCUGCACUAGUGUGACAUCUCUGGCUCCUACACUGCUGGGAAGAUCCUGGGGAAUGCCCUGAAGCUGGGCUCGAGCAGACCCUGGCCAGAGGUCCUAAAGGAGCUGACUGGGCAGUCCAACAUGUCUGCAAAGGCCCUCAUGACCUACUUCAAGCCACUGCUGAACUGGCUAGUGGCUGAGAAUGUGUGGCAAGGAGAAAUCCUGGGCUGGCCAGAAUUCACCUGUUUCUUUGAAGAUUCCUUAAUGUUCCUGUCUUCCACAGAAAGAAGCACAAACAAAGUGGCAUUACUGGGUCUGCAGAUGAAGCCUGACCAGGUUACAUUUGGGCAGUGGAUGCUGCUGUUUCUGAGCUUUGUCAUGUUCCUGGUGGUCCUGGGUCUGGCCUACAGGAUACACUUCCUGGAAAAACGGUCACUAGAUUGGGACAGCACGAUACUCAGCACGCUGCCCUCCACCUACUUCCUGGGUAUGGCCAUGGAGCCCUGACAGGCUACCCGAAGACAGUGGAUGCUGCUGGGCCUCUGCUUCAUCCUCAUGCUAUGCGUGAUCAGCCUGACCAUUUGGAUCUUCACAUACCACCGCAGGAAGCCUCCAUGGAUGACAGCUGAAUGGUAG